AUGGUGCUCGAGGCAACGAUGAUCUGCAUCGACAAUUCUGAAUGGAUGCGCAAUGGUGAUUACUCCCCUAACCGAUUCCAAGCCCAAUGUGACGCCGUUAACCUGAUUUGUGGAGCUAAAACUCAAUCGAACCCUGAGAAUACCGUGGGAGUCUUAACAAUGGCAGGAAAGGGGGUUCGGGUAUUGGUCACUCCAACAAGUGACCUUGGCAAGAUAUUGGCUUGCAUGCAUGGUUUAGAGGUAGGUGGUGAGAUGAACUUGGCGGCUGGGAUCCAGGUUGCUCAGUUGGCCCUUAAGCACCGCCAAAACAAGAAGCAGCAGCAAAGAAUUAUUGUGUUUGCAGGAAGUCCUUUUAAGUAUAACAAGAAGGUGCUCGAGUUGAUUGGAAGGAAGCUGAAAAAGAAUAGUGUAGCUCUUGACAUUGUAAACUUUGGGGAAGAAGAUGAAGAAAAGAAUGAGAAGCUUGAGGCGUUGCUUACUGGAGUAAAUAACAAUGACAGCAGCCAUAUUGUUCAUGUCCCUCCUGGUCCAAGCGCUCUUUCGGAUGUGCUUAUUACUACCCCCAUCUUUACUGGAGAUGGAGAAGGGGGAAGUGGCUUCUCAGCUGCUGGAGCUGCUUCUGGGUAUGAAUUUGGUGUGGAUCCCAACUUGGAUCCUGAACUUGCCCUUGCUCUUCGAGUAUCAAUGGAAGAAGAGAGAGCAAGGCAAGAAGCAAGUGCCAAGAAGGCUGCAGAAGAAGCUUCAAAACAGGAAAGAGGAGAACAGCCGACAACAAUACAAGAUGCCACAAUGACUGAGCAUGCGAACCCUGGAACUUCUGAACCGGAAAAGAAGACAAAUGAUCUGACGGAUGAUGAGAAUGCAUUGUUACAGCAGGCUCUAGCCAUGUCCAUGGAUGAUUCUUCCUCUACUGUUGUUCAUGACAUUGACAUGUCAGAUGCCUCUGCUGAUGAUCAUGAUUUGCAACUUGGAGAACAAUCUAACCCAUCGGAUGAGGAUAAGCUGUUGGCAGAUCAAGCCUUGUUGUCCAUAAUUGACCAACUGCUUGAUAAAAAUGACCCUAGUGUCAAAGAGUUGAUGGCUUCUCUGCAGAGUCGGUGUGAGAAGAAGGAAGAAGACAAGACACCACCUAAAGAGGACGAGAAGAAAUGA